AUGUCUUACGAACGUCUGCAAGGGAAAGUGGCGCUUGUGACAGGCGCAUCAUCGGGGAUGGGCAGGGCAACCGCGCUCGCACUCGCACGCGAGGGAGCAAUCCUGGUCUGUUGCGAUCUCAAACCAGAGCCGAAUCCCAAGGGCUACGAAGAUGAUAUUUCCAAAACUACGGUAGAAGUGAUAAUCGAGAACGGCGGCACUGCAAUAUUCCACAAAAUCGACAUCUCCAAUUUCGAGGAAGCGGAAGCGGCAUUUGAGCACACUGCAGAGACGUUCGGAGGCGUGGACAUUCUUAUCAACUGCGCGGGCUUGUGGGCACCAUUUCGGAAGUUCGUCGACGAAGACGAUGAGCUUUGGUGGAGGAUGCUGGAGAUCAAUACAGCGGGCACAUCAAAGAUGUCGCGCCUCGCAUUACGCCAAUUCCUCAAACAGGAUGUUGACGAGCAUUGGGGGAGCCGUGGUCGGAUUGUCAAUGUUUCGUCCUGCGCCGCGAACAUCGCGUAUGCAGGCGAAGUGGCCUACUCUGCAACCAAAGCGUCAAUAAACCAUAUGACUCGAGCAGGGGCAAUUGACCACGCUCGGGAUCAUAUCAACAUCAACUGCGUAGCACCGGGCGUAGUGGCGACCGGCAUGGCGCGUGGAAACCUGGAGAAUCAGGAUAUUGUAAAGGGCAUGAAGGGUGCUACUCCGUGGCCACGACUGGGUGUUCCGCAAGACAUUGCGCAGGCUAUUCUGUUUUUCUGUCUGCCGGAGUCUCAGUGGAUUACUGGGCAGGUGCUUUCAGUUGACGGAGGGAUGACUCUUGGUGUACCCGCUGAAUGA